GUUUUUAGGUCGCAAAUUCAAAUAGGGUAAUGUUAAAAUAGCUAUUAAAUUACUAUUUUGGAGAAGAGACUGAAAAGGAAUCAAAUGGUUUGUUAACUAUGACAUUUGAGAACAUGCUGGUUGUUUGGCAAUAUACCUUUGAUUUGACAGCCAACGUUAGCUACGCAAAUAAAUAUAUUUUCUAACCGGAUUAAUGUAAUGGCAUUGUUUCGCCAGGCAACUGCAUAGCUAGCUAGCUAUAGGACGUACUCCAUGUAGAAGCAACAAUUAUCAUGGCCUACUGAAAUGGCUCGAGAUGACUAACUGCGCUGGUUAUAAAUGGCAUGUCAGCUGAUCCUUGUACAUUUUCCAUGUAAAAUGUAUUAAAUCAGUGAUUUGCUAACUGUAGCUUAUAUAUUCAUAAAACUCAUGAAAUAGAAGGCAGUUUGUAAAAAGAGAAUGAGACGUGGUAUAAAUUAAUGUAGACGUUUUAAAUACUGGCGUCACCAAGGCAACCUUCUAGUUUUGACCGGCAACGUGUGUUGUUGGUCCACACCACGUCCAAUGGAGGGUGGAGGAAAUGUGGGAGAUGGGAAGGACGAGAAGAAUGAAUCCCCGCUACAACACGAGACUGACAACCAGCAGCAAGGUGAUGGUGACGAGGCGGCGGAGGACUCCGGGGUAAUGGCGCCACCUGCGCAGGACCAGGAGAUUGGUUCAGUAGAGCAGUCAGACAGAGAAGAAGCUGACACAGAAGCAAAUUAUCUGAUUUCGCAGUCUGGAAACAGUGUAACAGAGGCAACCGUUAUUCCCCAUGGAAACUCUGUGCCCCUCCCCGACCACGAUGGGGACGAGUUACGAAGUGCAGAGCAAGAGGAAGCGGACGAAGAUGAGCUGAUUGUCCUUGACCCUGAACAUCCUCUGAUGAAAAGGUUCCAGUCUGCCUUGAAGAACCAUCUCCAGAAACAGCUGGAGAGAGUCAACUUGGAACUCCAAGAGAAAAUGGCUAUAGAGAAGGCUGAGAAUCGAUACUGCGAGGAGCUGGGCGUGGAGAUGUACGGUUUGCAACAGGAGCUGGCCCGACUCCAGGCCUGUCUGGAGGGACGCCACGAGACCAACAUGAGGGCGGCCGCCCUGCGCCGGCAUGCCCAGGAUCAGUUGGAGGGGGUGAGGAGCCAGUACCGUACCGUGGCCGGCCAGACCAGGGACCAGAGGUCGCAUGUGUCCCAGCUUCAGAGUGAAGUGGAGAACCUGUCGCUUCGGCUCUACUACAUGCAGGAGGUCAACGCUGACCUGCGCUCCGACAUCACCGCCAUUAGAAACGCCUCACGCAAGGCCGAUUCCGAGAAGAGCCAGGCCGAAAACCAGAAACACAAACAGGACCUGUACGUGGAGCGGUUGACCAAACACAUGGAGCGGCUGAAAGAGCAGAUCGCCCUUUACGAGGUCCAGACCGCGGCCCAGUCCGCUGAGACGCGGGCCGCCAGGGAGGCCCUCUGCGAGGCAGAGAUCAACAUGGACUCCCUGCUGAGGGAGAGGAAGCAGCUGAUGCAAGAGUGGAACAGCAGCUUGUUGGGCAUGCGGAGACGAGACGAGGCCUACACCGCCAUGCAAGAGUCCCUGAGAACGGCCGCCCGACAGGUUCGCUCCUUAGACACGGAGAUCGAGGGCUUCAGGAAGUCCAUCACACGGGAACAGGAGCGCAACGAGCACCUGACGGCGCUGCUGAACCGGGCCCAGCUGGACGGCGCCACGUCCAAGAAGCUGAUCUCGCAGUGUCAGAGCCGGCAGGAGGCGCUCCAGGCCCAGUACAGCACCUACAUGCGGACCCUGCAGGAGACCGAUCGGACCCUUGCCCGCGUCGACGCGGAGUGCGGAGAGCGCCAGGCUCUGGUGUCCUCGCUGAGGAAGCAGAUGGAGAAGGAGUGUGCGCGGCGCGUGGAGCUGGAGGACCACAUCGUGGCCAAGAUGCAGGACCGGCUAACGCACGACGCCGCCGCCAAGUUCUCCCGGCGCAUCACCGACAAGAUGACCGCGGAUAAGAGGGAGAGGGAGGCCCAGCUGUCCCGCCUAGAGAACGAAAUGGCAGCGGUGAAGCUGGAGAGCACCGAGGUCACCUUGCGCCUGGAGGGGUUGGCGCGCGCCCUCGCCGCCCUGGACACGGAGAUGAGCCGCCGCCACGAGCUGCUCAGUGCCAACGAGGCCAUGAGUGCCAAACGCGUCACUGUCAUCGAGCGCAAGCAGGCCACCAUCAACAUGUACAAUAAGAAGAUUGAGCAGAUCAUCGCCAGUACUGGGCACAAGGACCUUGGUCCGAUGGAGAUCCGGGCCAGUACUCUAACCAAGGAGCUGGAGGAGGUUGGCAGGGAGAUCAAGGAGCAGCAGCAGUUUUGGCUGUGGAAACAGGAGGAGCUAGUGAGACUGACCCAGGACAAACAGGCGCAGAGCGCCUUCCUGCUCACACUGCAGACCCAACUCACCAUCUUAGAGCAGAGGAAAGUCCGGACAGAGAGCGAGAUAGAGCAGGAGCGGCGCGAACAGAACGAGCUGGAGAAGCGCACGAAGGGUCUGACGGCAGACAUGCUGAAGCUCAACUCCCUGCUGAGUAAGAACGGGCAUCUCCGCCAAGCGCUGGAGCAGGGCAACGUCCUCAUGGAGACCGAAUUCCUCCACAGGCUUAAGCAAGCGGAGAGAGACUCCAUUGAGAUGCAAAUGAAGCUUGAGAGGAUCAAGGAGGAGAAGGAGAGGCUGCUCAGCAGUCUGGUGGAGGCAGAGCGUCAGAUUAUGCUGUGGGAGAAGAAGACCCAGCUGGUGAAAGAGACCAGGUCGGCUGUAGACUCUGAGGCGGGCCAAGGAGAAAUCCGCAUCAUGAGGGCUGAGAUCCACCGCAUGGAGGUACGCUACGGUCAGCUGAUGAAACAGCAGGAGCGUCUCCUCAGGGAGAUGGAGACGGUGGUGGCGAGGAGGGAGACCAUCGUGAUGCGCAGCGAGGCCCAGGGCCGCUCCAACCGCAAGCAGCCCACACACACCAACUUCCACGGCAUCCUCCAGGGCCUGCGGCGGAAGAUCCAGGACACGAAGAAGCAGGCGGAGGAGUGCGACGGGGUCCUCGGGGGGCUGCGGCAGAGCCAGGCCAGUCUGAGCUGCCGUCUGAGGGACAAACAGGUGCAGCUGCGCGAGCUCCACAGCGCCAGUGCCGUCCUCACCUCGGACCUUCGCUGUCAGCAGGACACCAGGGAGCAGAACCUGGCCCGUCUCGUCUCCCUCCAAGGCCGGGCCAAGCAGCUGCAGGCGGUGCGGGACGGACGCUACGUCGCCCUGUCCACCGCCGACGCCCUAGAGCCCGCGGUGCAGCGGCAGGAAGAGCGCCUGCACGCCGUGGCCGCCAUCCUGCAUCGGGUCCAGCAGGAGUUCCCCCAGCACCAGGGGGCGCUGCGACGCAUCUCACUGGCCCUGGCCUCGCGGGCGCAGACACCAAUCGAUCAGGAGACCCGGUGAUUAUGCUCAAGAACGACAGCAAUCAUUGAAAUAACUCUGAGUGGACGGGAAGACGGACGUUCUUAUUUGUUUCUGGGUACCUCUGCUCUGUUGCUGCUCUUUUACAGGCAUUCUCAUUUUCGCACCUGCGCAAAUCUGUUUUCUGAGCAUUCUCAUCUGAAUUUUUCACAUCAGAUCUUUUGCCGCUGUUGAUCUGAUUGUUUGAUCUGAUCGUUUUAGUUGAAAGAAAAAGGUCAGGCUUUUUGUCUAAAUGUUUGUUUCCUUAGCUGAUAUGAUUUGUGAGCUGGAUUUGAAAUGGAAGCUUUGCCAGGUUGUUCACAUUUCCAAAAUAUUUCAAAUAUAUUUUGAUUUUCAAAAUGAAGAGUUGGUUAAUAUAUUAUACAUUGUGCCAGCCUGAGUGACUGUGUGGAAAUAGAGGUUUAUGACUAA